AUCUUGCCAGUCACAAUAACAUGUCACUUAUGAGGUUUUUAAGAAAGGAAAAGUGUUUUUGAAAGUUGCACCCGCCAUUUGGCUGGACAGAAAUUCCCUUCAACGCCCUCAUGCUUACGAAAUAAGCCAUAGAUCUGCUGAGCUAUGGGGUCUUCUUUGAGCGUUGUGAAGACCCUCUUCGUUCCCGCCCUCAUUUCCCUCGGUCUUUACAUCCUAUUGUUCUAUGCAGUCAUUCCUUUUGUUCGACGAUACCGGCAAAGAUAUGCCCAGUAUCUCCCUCUUCAUACAAUCUCGGCCCACACAUCCUCCCUUCGGGACCGUGCAUCCGAUGCCCUAAUGCGCUUCGUGCUUCCCUCCUCAUGGAGAAGACAGUUUGUUGAGGGUCAAGAUGACUCUGGCAGCGUGUUAGACGAAGAAGGCGAAGGGAUGGUUGGAUUUGAAAUGGACGCUGCGCGCAGAGCGGCCCUUGAAAGACAGAGAGACGACCCUAUGGGCACGGAAGGGCGACUUAGUCGAGAACUAGAAGAAGGCUUCAUGGAUGACAGCGACGAUGAAGUCGGCGAUGAUAGAGGAGCCACCCAACGUACACGUUAACCCAACCUGGAUGAACACCCGCCUACAUCGACCUGCUGACACUAUUGAUACCCGGUCACCAAAUGUUACCACGAUUCUUAUUCCACGGUUUCUGAACUUUUGAGAUCUGAAUUGCAAGCAAGAGCACUUUGACUCGCCUCAAUCUUUUUCCCCUCCUUUUCCUCAGCUGCCUGUGAAUAGAAUGAGGAACCUUAACAAUAAAAGAGCAUGGUAUAGACCUCUCUCUUUCCCUCUUAGAAAACAUGGGACUCCUUUGAGGGUAGUAUCCCAGUUAAUGCAUGAAUUUUUGUUAACAGACAAAACUCGUUCAGCCAAUGGGAAUAACCAGUGAAACCGAUGAACGUGAGGAUUGUUAUUCAUGCUGGAGUGGUGUACAGAAGGAAAAUAUCGUGAAAAAUUGGAAGCUUUCAAAUGAAGUAGCUUUCUCUUUUUUGUGCCAUGAUUAUGUUAUCGGCCACCUAUCUAGGCCCUCAACAUCCCCCGGCAACAACAA